AUGCUAGAGAGCUCUACAGCUCUCGGCUCGGAGCUCGGCCUCGUUCACUGCAGGGAGACAGAUAUGGAGAAGAACCCGAACAACAGCAGCAAUACCAAGGUUCCACCUCGUUCCAACUCCUCUGGGCCAACCCCGGGGGAAUCUAAACCCAAGUCAGAAAAUAAGAAUAAUGGAGGCGCCAAGCGCUAUAGCCGCAAGCGGGAGCCCUCCUUUCCCAAACCAGAAAAUUUCUCGGGCCCACGUCGCACCAAUCCACAGAAAAGCAAGAAUUUUGACAAGAGACCCCCCCAGAGAGGUGGAGGACGGCAAUAUGGGGUUACAGGUGGAGGACGACGGGAGGAGGUAGCAGAGACGCGCCGGGCAGAGUUUAGCCCGGCUCAGUUUGCUGGACCGAAAAAAAUAAGCCUGAACCACCUGUUGAACUUCACCUUUGAACCUCGUGGAGGUAACGGUGCUGCCGGAGAUGGAGGCUACACUUGUUGGGGACGUCGAAAUAAAUGGGGUCAUAAGCACAAGCCCUUUAACAAGGAGCUUUUCCUGCAAGCCAAUUGCCAGUUUGUGGUGACUGAUGACCAGGACUACAAGGGUCACUUCACUGAUCCAGAUACUCUGGUCAGCUGGGAUUGUGUGCAGCAAGUGCGAAUCUACAGUCAUGAGGUUCCAUCUUGCCCCAUCUGCCUCUAUCCACCCGUGGCAGCUCGCAUUACACGUUGUGGACACAUCUUCUGUUGGCCUUGCAUACUGCACUACCUGUCUUUAAGUGACAAGACUUGGUCAAAGUGCCCCAUAUGCUAUGAGGCUGUUCACACUGUGGAUUUAAAGAGUGUGGUUGCCAUGGAGACCAGGCAAUACGUGGUUGGGGAUAUCAUCACCAUGCGCCUCAUGCGGAGGGAAAAGGGGACUUUGGUGGCCAUGCCAAGCUCUCAGUGGGUAAAAGUGGAGGAACCUGUACGGUUUGGAGAUUCUUCUCUGAGCCCUUAUUCCAAGUUGCUGCUGACAUCCUGCAGUCAGGUCCUCAACAUGGUGGCAGAGGAAAAGGCAGUUCUGCAAGCUCAGCUAUGCCUGGAAGAGGAUGCGCAAGACUGCUUUAUCCAGAGUGCGCUUUGCCUCUUGCAGGAGCGAGAAGAAAUGUUGUUGAAGAAGCAGCAGCCAUCUACAGACAACAGCUUUGACUUGUCCACUCUGACUCUUGAGGAACCUACUCCUGUCAAUGAGGUGUUGACCAUUAAGAGCUCUACCAAGCCUGUGCUCCAGUACUCUUCUGCUUUUGAUGAUGAGGUGGAAGAAGUCCCAAUUAAUGAAGAGCAGUCAGGAUCGCUUGAGCAUACUUUGGAAAGUGUGCUUGAAGAGCCUCCGGAUACUGUGUUGGAUCCAGUGCCACAUAACUUUACUGAUGAAGAAAACUCUGCCAAAGAGGCAGAACCAGGUCACUCUCAAACCAACCAGGUGCACGGACCGUUCUAUUAUUUCUACCAAGCUGAAGACUGCCAGCAGAUGUUCUUGCAUCCUGUGAAUAUACGCUGUUUAUUGAGGGAAUAUGGCAGUUUGGAAGCGAGCCCGGACUCAAUCACUGCCACAGUGGUGGAGAUCGAGGGACAUACAGUCACUGAGGAGAUCCGUCGUCGACAUCGUUACCUGUCUCAUCUUCCACUCACAUGUGAAUUCAGCAUCUGUGAGUUGGCCUUGCAGCCACCAAUCCUGUCCAAGGAAACCAUGGACACAUUUGCAGAUGAAUUGGAGAAAAGGAAACGCCUGAGACAGAAGAAAGCGAGAGACGAGAAGCGCAGAGAGAAGCGAAUUGAAAUUGAAGAGAACAAGAAGCAGGGUAAAUACCCCGAGGUGCAUAUUGGACUAGAGAACCUUCAAAAUUUCCCAGCAUUUGGGUCGCCACCUCACAACAGCAGCCCUCUAGUACAGCCAGAUUUUACUUUGCUUCCUCCUUCUCCCCUAAGCAGCAGCCCUUCCUCUGAGGGAAUGAUGUUCCCAUGCCUGAAUGGACAAACCUCUCCUGUUGUGGGAAGUGCGGAAGAUGACUCUCACUGCAUGUCAUUUGCACAGAUGUUGAAAGAUGGAAAAGCCAGAGUUGAUGGACCCAGAAUCACCAGAAAAAAAGAUAAACUGUUAGCUCCGCCAACAGCUGACAGCGAAGGCGAAAGUGACGGGUCAGAUCGUGCUCCAGUGCCCAACUUUCAGAACUCUUUCAGCCAAGCAUUUGAGAAGGCACUUCUGCAGCUUGACAGUCCAGAACCUUCUCCACAACCUGUAGUUGUCUCAGAUGAGAAAGGAGGGAAGAAGAAAAAGAAAAAACAGAAGCUUCUCUUCAGCACAUCCAUGGUUCACACAAAGUAG